AUGAAUAACAACGAUGAAAUUAUAUAGAAGUUGGAUGUGAUAGUUGCAAAUUACUUAAAUCAAAAGGAUCAUAAUGGUUAACUUUUGACUGAAAAAUAUUCGGAGACUUACAUAUAUUCUUUAGUUCAGAAACAUUUAUUUGAUUAUGAAGCAAUUUUUACAGCAUCUUAAAAAUCUGUAAUUGAUGUCUUUGAUUUUAUAACUUCCCUCUUGAAAUUUACUUCAGAACCCAUUGAAGAUACCUUAUUCAUAAUUGUAUAAGCCAUAGAUUUCUUCAAAGCAAUCUGCGAAGAAUAUCAAACCUACACUAUCAAAUUUUCUGACCUUUCAAGUUAUCUCUGCAAAUACAAUCCCAAUUUGGAUGAGAAGGAUGUCCCUUUACAAAACAGAACCAUCACUUAUCACAAAUAUCCUCCUUUGAAAUAAUUCAAUAAGCCACAAAGCAGACAAGUAAGAAGCAUUGAUUUGGAAGCACCAACAAUCCUUGGAACUUUGGGUCAUUACAUAAAAAGAAUCAACAAAGACAAAAUAUACAUAGACUCCCAGAAAAACCAAAAUAGUUCUAUUCUAAGAAUGUAAUAUUAGGAGUCUGAACUCAAAAUUCUAAUCCUCCAUCAAUACAGUGAUUUCAUUAGCAUUUACAAUCCUGAUUGCACAUUGUAGAGCAGAUUGAGACCCAAGGCUCAACAAUUGAGAAAUAUCAUCCACGACUUUAAUUGGUCUGAAGAACAAUAACGAAUAGGAAUUGUGUUUAAAGACGCAUGGAUUUGUUUCAUGGAUUAGAGUGACUAAUUUGAAUUGGAGAAGUAUUUUACUACAAAGGUCGAUCAACAUAGGAUCUACUAUGUCCAAAAUAAAUGGAUGACUGUGGGAGUUGAUUCAAAGAUAUCAAUAUGGAAUUUGGAAACUGAGAAUAGUUGUGUUAUUUCUCAUGAUCAAAUUAAGAAUGUUGUAAAUAUCAUUGAAAUAACCUAUUUAUAAUUAGUGUGCAUAGCUUGUUAGGAUAAAUUGACCAUGUGGGACUUAUGGGAAUACAACAAACCCAAAUUACUCUUUAAAUUAUAAGUCAAUCAUAGCCGAUUGAAUAACAUAGUAUUCUUUUAAGAAUAUCACCUAAUUAUAACCUCUGGCUUUGACACCAAGGUUAAUCUCUAUCAAUUGCAUAAGAAAUACAACGACGGAGACUAUGUUGGCUAAUUGGAAGGUCAUACUGCAAUAGUUACUGCAAUCUAGUGUGUAGAGAAAUCCCCAAUUGUAAUAACUACUGAUGAUCGAUUGAUUGUAAAAUUAUGGGAUAUCAGAAUUAUGAAAUGCAUACAAUCUUUUGAUUUAGAAAUGAGACAAUCUAUCAAUUACAUCACUAUAAUGCAGAAUCUAUCUAGUGUAUGUUUUGCUACCAAUCGAUUAAUAGUAAUGGCUUUUGAAGGUCACAAUAAAAAUCUUUCUUAACCUAAACCUUAAAAGUAGAGGACUUUGCACUUAUUCCCUAAAUAAGUGGAAUUGGAUGCUAUAAAAAAAUAAUUGAUUGUUUCAACCAAUAGAGAUAUCCGAAUAAUCAAUUUAUCCAAUGGAUAAACGGAUACCAUAAUUAAGGCUAUGAUUGGUCAAACCGAUGAUAUGAUCAAUCAAUUUAAACCAAUUCAAUAGCAUAAAAAGAUUGUACUUGGAACAACAAAGGGACUUAUCAAAAUAUUCGAUACAUAUUCUGGUGAUCUUAUCAAAGAAUACUAAAAUAAUAGUAAUAAAAUUACUCAUCUGUCUAUUGACUAUCAAAACAGAAUAAUAUCGACCUCAUCACUGGAUGGUUAGUUACAUAUCUAUAAGGAGAAUAAUUUGAAUUUUGAAUCCCUAAGGAAAGCUGAAAAUGUCCAUAAUGGCAUUGAUUAUUGUUAUGUCUCAUUGUUUCAUGAUUUGAUUAUUACAGCUGGUGUUGACAUUGUAUGUUUAUGGAAUCUGGAAUUCACUAAACCAGUCUCCACCAUUAGAACAGAAUCAGCCCCAAAAGGUGUUCAUAUUCUGGAUGGCUAACGCAUAAUUAUCAUUGGGUGUAAGACUAAUACAUAUUUCCUCCAAUUUGACAAAAGUGAAGAAUAGUACUUUUAUCAGCAACUAGGAUUCAUCCCAUAAAGUUGCUGUGCUUUCACUGAUAAAAAUGGUACUGUUCUAUUAGGAUCUAGAAGAGGCUUGAUUUGUAAACUCUCAUUUACCAUCAAUAAAUGUCAGAAGGCGUAGUUUCACCCCUUCAGAUAAAAUUGGGAAGACUAUAGCAUUGGUGUCAAUAAUCACAAAGUAACUAGAUUUGUUGUCAAUACUACUCAUGAACUGAAACUGGAUUCAUAAAUAGAAGCUCACAAAAAAAGAUUAUCACACAUAGAUUUCAUUUCUUUGGAAGGUGAUAAUGUAAUAAAGGAAGGUCAGUAAAAGGUAAUAACCACAUCUAAAGAUGGCUUUUUAAAGAUCUUUGAUUAUCCAUCCUUUGAUUUAAUGUGUGCAUUGAAUGUUAAUCAUGUUCUACCACUUAAAUGGUCGAUCACAAUAGAUGAACAUGAAAUCAUGAAAUUUAAAGUGGCUUUUGCAUUAAAAGUAAUUCAUUUUAUUAGGUCUCAACCUAAUCUAACCAUAAGUCAUCUAAGAAUGCUUGAACCUAACUCAAUAUUUAAAAAUUUACUGGGUCAAAAGAAAUUCUUUAAAUAAAAUACAAAUGAAAAUAAAGUUCAAUUGUUGUAAGACUUUUAUGAACCAAGGGAUUUGGUAUUCCAAAAAGUUAAGGGAUUCUAUAAAAAUGAAUUAUAAGGAUUUUCCUUAAAAUAAAUUGAAGAAAAAAAGAAAGCUUUACUACAAGCCAAAAUGUUUGAAAAGGAUUAUAACGAAUAAAACUUCUAAUCAGAAUAGAAACAAAAUGAAGAUAUAGGAAAUAAAGAAUUUAAAAGUUGGUAGUAGUUCCUUCAUCCAAAUUUCAGGAAAAAUGGAGUACAAGGAGAAAUUGAAUAGAUUGAAAGAUUACAUAUGGUUCAUCAAUUCGAAAAAAGAUUAGAUCAAGUCUUAACUAAAGAAGAUGAUACAAAUAUUAAGCCAAAUGUUUCAGGAAGGAGGUAUUCAAAAACUAAAUAAGAAAUCUAAAACAAAAGUGCAAACAAGUCUUCAAGGUUAAGAUCAACUCUUCCUUUCUUUCAAUAUGCUAGUGACAGAAAAUUAGCAUCGAUUCCUGCCUCAACUGAUACUUCUCAAAGAUCUACUCAUGUUGGGUAUGAUACUAUGAGAGAAGAAUAUUCAAAAAAGAGAAUCUAAAGAGUUUAAUUUUUGUCGUAAAAUAUUGGCCAAUUGAUCUCUGACUUGGAUUAGAAUAAAAAAAAGUAAGGGCUAGAAAUAGGUGAAAACACUAUGAGAAAGACUAGUGGAUAAGUAUUUAACUAGAUUGUUAAUAAAUUGAAUGAGAAACUCAGAGAUUCAAAGUUUAAGAAAUACUCUAGAAGUAUGUGUAAGUAAGAUCUAGAAGGAAUUUUAAUCGAUGCUCAUCUAGAUUCAAUGCACUCUAAACAAUCCUUAAGAAAAUUGCCUUGA